GGUUUUCCAACUGGUUACGCUCCUUUCGGCAGGCGGUCCAGGAAUACUUCUCGCAAAUGCUAAUGGAACGGCGGGAUAUCUUUCAAUAACAAAUUCGAUCAGUCGGGGAGGUGAAAAUAUGUGGCAUUAUGAUGCGAACGAUUGUACAAUCAGUAAAAUACAAAAAGUUGGCUAGGAAACGUUGUUCUAUUUGUUGAAAAAGUUGUCAAUGAAUGAUUGAGGCCAUUUAAAAUUAAAUGGCACGCUGGGGAGCGGUGACAUCUCGAUUUAAACGUCACGACGCGAAGGCAUUCACAUCAUCAUUUGCGUCAGACUAUAUUACUUACACGUACAUUGACUGUAUACAUGCUUAUGGAUGGGCCUCUUUAGCAACGAAAAUGUUAUGAUUAAAGUAAAAUUCCUAGAAGGUGUAAAAUGAAAAAUUAACAAAAUUAAAGGAAAGAAUAGUGCCAUGCAGCCCCGCCUAGAUGGGAAACUGGCCUUACUAUAUACAUUAUUAGUUCUCCAAGUACUGAUUGUUAUGAUUUAUGUGGCUACAACUCCACCUUCUGAAUUAACUAUGUCUACAACUCAUACCUCUGUUACAUUUGUAAAAUUCGACGAACAACAGGAACCAAAAAUUCGACUAACUAUUCAUAAAAAGUUUCCUAUCUACCAGACAAUCAAUGAAGAAGUAGUACUAAAUGAGAUCAAGACUUUCACUUUGUUUGAAGUAUACAAUCAUACAAUAUGUUGGAAACAUGGAGUGGAUGAUCAAAAAAUGAGAAGUAGCGAAGACCUUCAGAAAUGUAUUUGUAUUCAUGGGUGGCAUGGCUCUGACUGUGGUCAACCAGAAGUUGUCUGGAGAGCAAUCAUGGCAUCAAAGCAAAAUGUUAAUCUAAAGCAUCGUAAAAUAGCUAGACGUAUUAUUCAUACAUUUUUUCUACAUGAACAUAACUCAGCAAUUGCAGAAGUGAUAGUAGAAGAACUAUACAAUGUAGUGGAUCUUUUUGUAAUCUGUGAUUUCAGUAAUGCAGAGGAUAAUUUUCAUCAUAAGCUAUUUAAAGGUUUAUUACAACAGAAACAAAAGAAAAUUUUAUAUAUAAAUAUAGCAACAAAGAUGCACAAACCAUCGAGAAUAGUAUCUAAAUACAUUUGGGACAAGUUGAAGACUGUAGUACGAAAUUUAAGGGAUGAUGAUAUUUAUAUAACGACUGAACCAGAACAGAUAUUAAACUCCAGGGCAUUAAUGUUCCUCAAAGUAUAUAAUGGAUGGCCACAACCUAUUGGUUUUAGAUUAAGAUGGUCUGUUUAUGGAUUCUUCUGGCAACAUCCACUUAAGACAACGAUAACAGUUGGUGCGUGUACAAUUGGAUUAAUGCGUGAAGCUUAUCAAUCAAAUUCUAUUAUGUUAGAACAACUGGAAGGAGAUUUGAGUGAAAGAGAUAGCCUAGGCCUAGUAAUAGGAGAUUUAAAUCAUUAUGGAGGAUGGUACUGUUACCUAUGUCAGGCACCUGCAAAUAUUAUAACUAAUUUGCAUAAUAAAGUUAAAUCCAAAGAAAUUAAAAUAGAAAAAACUAUCGACGUACCGUUCAUCGAGGACCUAAUAGGAAGUGGAUUAUGGUUAGAUGGAAAAACUAAUCUCUUAAGAGUCUCUAAAUCUCAGGACCUCUAUUUUGCGCCUGAAACAAUACUUAAUAAUACAUGGAAAUAUGACUGGCUAGUAGAAAAUUUCUAUGCUAAAUUAGACUAUUAUUGACAUAUUGGUCACACCUGACUGUGAUAUUAACUCAUACUCAAUACUCAAUGUAAACUAUAUAAUAUUGUACUGAAUUUAUAUACCAAAAUAAUAUGUUGAAUGAAUUGUGAAUGUUAAAUGAUUUAUAUACAUAUAACUUAUAAAGAAAACAGUUGUAAUUACUUUUUCUUAUUUUAUAUA